AUGCGUUCACGCAUAUUUAUUUGCUAUCCCGGCGGCGGUCAACUAUUCAUCGCGGCGCGGGCGGGCCGCGCUACCCCUAUGUGGCGAGCAAGAGCUAUCUGUCUGGCUCUGCUGGCCGUGCCAGUGGUCAGCAAGGAGCUAGCUGAUGUAUCCAGGGAUGAGUUAGAAUUACCCCAGGCGCAGGAAUCGGAUCUGAUCAACUAUGACGAUUAUAACCCUUUUGGGGAAGAUGAAAACGCAGUCCUUGCUGAACGAGAUUUCAGGGGCUCUACUGCAGAUCAGCGUAGACUUAGAAGACCUUUGCAGCAAGUAAAUCGAGCUCCGCCAGUAAAAUGUAUAGAUGUAGGAAGAUCAUGGUCAGAUGGAGACACAUGGAAAAGAGACAAUUGUACGCUUUGUCAGUGUUACGGAGGAAGAGUGAAUUGUUCUGUGUUGCCUGCCUGCCUUUCUGGUCCAUCCACACCUUCCCGUCCAACAAUAGUUGCCCAACCGACCACACCGGUACGGGGAAUCACAGGUGCCCCAGGGGACGAAGGUCCUCCAGGCGCACCUGGAACACCUGGAGUCAAUGGGGUUCCUGGAGCACCGGGUAUCCCAGGACCUGUUGGGCCGAUGCCUGAUGUUAAUGCAUACUUAGCUCAACUAGCGGCAACAGCUGGAGGUGACAAGGGACCAGCUUUCGACCCCUAUCACUACAUGCAGGCGUCUGUAGGUUCUCCUGGCAUACGAGGACUACAAGGACCCCAAGGCCCGCCCGGGCCGCAAGGGUUCCAGGGCCCACGCGGGGAGCCCGGCGAGCCCGGCCCCAGUGGCCCGCAGGGUCCGCCUGGAGAGAGAGGAGCGCCAGGGUUACCUGGUAAAGACGGUACACCAGGAGAAGAUGGGGAACCAGGGCCACAAGGGACUGCGGGACAACCGGGAGCGAGAGGGUCGUCCGGGGUUCCUGGUAUCCAGGGGUUGAAGGGUCACAGAGGGUUCGAUGGCAAGGACGGAGCUAAGGGCGAGCAGGGAUUGCCUGGGGAAAAAGGGCCUACAGGGAUACCUGGUCAAAUGGGGCCUCCUGGACCUGUGGGUCCAAUUGGUCCUCGAGGUGAACGAGGACGUGAAGGUCCGCCUGGAACUCCGGGCAUGCGUGGAGCUGAUGGAAUGCCUGGACCACCUGGACUCAUUGGGAACGUUGGAAAACCAGGCUCUCCAGGAUUUCCAGGCUCGCCAGGCAUAAAAGGAGAAACAGGACUUCAAGGACCAAAGGGUAGUCAAGGGAUCCAAGGUACGCGAGGAGAACCCGGCCGUCCCGGGCAACCGGGAGAUGCUGGUCCAGCCGGUCUUGCUGGAAGGGAUGGAAUUCCUGGUGAAAAAGGAGUCCAAGGUCAACCUGGUGCAGCGGGGCCACAGGGUUUCCCAGGGCCUAGGGGUAUUCCUGGUGUAGCUGGUGACCCAGGAAUGCCGGGGGCGAAAGGAAUGCCAGGUCAACCUGGUGAACGAGGAACUAAAGGUGAAAUGGGAAUCAGGGGUGAAACUGGUUUACAAGGUCCACGUGGUCUACCCGGAGUCGUUGGACCCGAAGGCAAACGUGGCAAAAGAGGCUUAAGAGGACCUGCUGGCAACACUGGGCCACAAGGAGAGAGGGGAUUACAGGGUAUGAGAGGAUUACCAGGUGCUGAUGGACCAAUGGGCUUGAAAGGACAACCUGGUGAACGAGGAAAUGUCGGGCUACCUGGAACAAAAGGAAGUUCUGGUGACCCUGGCAGACCUGGACCUCAAGGCUUACCUGGUCAACGAGGAUUGAUGGGCAGACCUGGAAUAACUGGAAAAUCUGGACCAACUGGAGAGAGAGGUAUACCUGGAGCUGACGGUAGACCAGGGGAACAAGGUCCUCAAGGAUUACAGGGCCCACCUGGUUUAAUAGGUAGUCCUGGUGAGAGAGGAUUGCAGGGAGAACCAGGCAAAGAUGGUGAGCUAGGUCCACCUGGUGUGCAAGGUCCAAAAGGAGACGCUGGUCGUGAUGGUAGUCCAGGUUCUCAGGGUGCUCCAGGGCCUGUUGGUCCAUCUGGUGACCGAGGACCAGCUGGACCACCAGGGCCCACAGGUUUCCCUGGUAUGCCAGGUGCUGCUGGAGUACCUGGGUCUCCUGGAAAAGAAGGAGAAGCUGGUGUUGCAGGUCCACCCGGGGCCACGGGGCAAACUGGACCCCGGGGAGAAAGAGGUUUCCCCGGUGAAAGAGGUGUCAAUGGAUUGCCUGGAACUCCUGGGGAAAAAGGCGAAACAGGAGCGCAAGGAGCAGAUGGUCCAAUGGGUCCAGAAGGACAAAGAGGUAGCAAAGGUCAUCAAGGACCAAUGGGUCCUAUGGGGUUGCCUGGACCUAGAGGUUUGACGGGCUUAGCUGGAGAAAAAGGUGAAAGGGGGUCAACGGGACCACAAGGCAAUGAAGGGCCACCUGGUCGGCAAGGAGAACAAGGACCACAAGGACCAGUAGGUCCAGCUGGACCUCCUGGAGAGCCGGCAGAAAGGGGAGAAGCGGGUGCACCUGGUCAUCCUGGUGAACCUGGGGCUCCGGGGUCUACAGGCGAAAGAGGCCAGCCAGGAAUGCAAGGAACCCCUGGCUUACCGGGACCACCGGGGCUAACUGGGAUGCCGGGGUUGAAAGGCGAUAGGGGUUACGUGGGGGCUAAGGGUCAACAGGGCUCACCUGGAAAUCCAGGUAUUCAUGGAGAACCUGGGCAGAGGGGUCUGCCGGGACAAGUGGGUGCUAAAGGUGCGCGAGGUGAAGCUGGACCUAAAGGAGAUGUAGGACGCGCUGGAUUACCUGGUCGACCUGGUGACUUAGGUCCUGCGGGCCCUCAAGGAGGCCCGGGACCUGCUGGAAAUCCAGGUAUGCCUGGUGCUAAAGGUUCUACGGGUGACUCUGGAAGACCAGGCGCCCCAGGUCCAAUAGGACUUACAGGACCUCAGGGACCUGAAGGAGCUAAGGGAGAGAGGGGCAGUGAAGGUGAAAUGGGUCCAGCAGGGCCGGUUGGGCCGGUUGGACCAAGUGGUGAGCGAGGGCCUACAGGUUUACCUGGACUCACAGGAGCACCCGGGCCACAGGGCCUGCGAGGUGUACAGGGUGAAAACGGAUCUCCUGGGAAACCAGGCGCUGAUGGUGCUCCCGGACCGAUGGGCAGCCCUGGUCUUCAGGGACCACCCGGUCCAGUGGGUGAGCCUGGGCCAGAGGGACGUCCCGGUAAAUUGGGACAACCAGGUAUACCUGGCAGGCCAGGAGAUAAAGGCCCAACAGGGCAACCAGGACAAUCUGGACCUUCAGGACCACCUGGAUUACAGCCACCCGGAAUUGAAGGACCUCCAGGUCCAUCCGGCAAACAGGGACUGCCCGGGUUCGACGGAGCCAAAGGCGAGAGGGGUGAGGCGGGGGCGGACGGGGCCAAGGGGCAUGCGGGGCUGCCCGGCCUGCCCGGAGUUGUUGGUGCACCGGGACGGGCCGGGGACCGGGGCCUGCCCGGGCCCAUGGGGCCACCCGGGAAGGACGGGGACGCAGGGAGUCGGGGUCCACCUGGUAGAGAUGGUAGCCCAGGGCCUCAAGGAACUCAAGGACCUUCUGGGGCCCGCGGACCUCCCGGAGAGCCGGGACGGCACGGGACCCCAGGGGUCGCUGGGCCACCGGGACCUCCCGGACCUCCUGGUGAGGGACUGGCUUAUGACGCCGCUGCUAUUGCUGCUAUGUUACAACAAGGUUCAGUGAAAGGUCCAGACCCUCUGGGCGACGAUCCGAACAUACCUCCCCGUUUCUUCAAAGACGACCUGCCUCUCGCCGAAAGGAAACAAAUAGUUAUGAAAGCGUACGAACGGCUCAAAGUGUCUCUCGAUAAGUUCCUGCGACCGGACGGCUCUAAGGAAGCUCCGGCGAAGACUUGUGGGGACAUUAAAUAUCAUCAUCCUGAAUUUAGCAGCGGUCAGUACUGGAUCGACCCGAACGGUGGCGACACCAACGACGCAAUCCUGGUGCACUGCGACAUGGACACCGGCGCCAGCUGCGUGUUCCCCAAACCCAUGGAGUCCAAAGACCUCACACAUCACGGUCGCAAUGAGGCCUGGCUGAGCGAAAUGGAAGACGGGUUUACGAUAUCCUACAAAGCGGACCACAGCCAGCUCACGUACUUACAGCUGCUCUCAGUGAGCGCGGCGCAGAACGUAACGUUACACUGCAAGAACACGGUGGGCUAUUACGACCCAGCGACAAAGAAUUACAAGCACGGCCUGAAGUUGUUGGCUUUCAACGACGCUGAGAUUUUGCCCAAAGCGAAUAAUCGCUUGCGGUAUACGGCUCUGUUGGAUGAAUGUCAACACAAACAUCAAGAUUGGGCAAAGACAAUAGUACAAUACGAAACGGAUAAACCAAACAGACUGCCGUUACUCGACGUAGCUGUGAGAGAUGUCGGAAGGAAUAACCAAAUGUUCAGAAUCGAACUGGGGCUCGCUUGCUUCGCUUAAAAUGUUCCUUAUACGUUAUAAAACUGUUAAUUCUUUCAUUCCAAAUUUAAA